AAUGUGGAGGAGGAGGGGGAGGGGAGAGAAAGGCCAGGGAGAGAGGGAGAGGAGGAGAGUAAUAAACAUCAUCACGACAACGAUGGUAGGCGCGUGCACAAAUGUAGCAAAAGACGUUCUGAGAAACCGGUCAAGGAGACAUCAGUCGCGACACAAAGGAAAGACGGAACUGUCGAUGAACUAGAACAAGAACCUCAACUUACCACGAGUGGACAAGGAAGUAAGACGUUUGGGGUUUGUGACAAUGGAAGUCCCAGAUCAAGGCGCGAUAGCCUGCAGAAUGUUUCGAGCGAUUCAGGGAUGAAGGAUCGCCUCUCUCCGGUUCAAACAGAAACAUUAACAGUAAGAGUUAAUGUUCUCGAUGAUUUAGAGCCAACUGUUAUCGCGGAAAAUGAUUGUCUCGAAAAUGACGCGUCGGAUGUAGAAAGUCGGUCACAUGAGCUGACGACAAGCAAAACCGCUAGAUCUAGUGUGUCUACGAACGGUUCUUUUUCUCAACAUUUGGCUGCUGAUGACGAAACAGAAAGAAGUCAUUCCUUCCUCGAGAGUCCUGAAAUAGUGGUCAACACAGAUGCUGAACCAGGACCCCGAGGCUCAGGAGAGGUGACGUCAUCGCUCACUUCUGCAGCAGACGACGGCAGUUCCAGAUGGUCGUCGUCGCUGUCUCAGCAGGAGUCGAACCCCGGCGGCCCGAGGAGGAGUGAACAACACUCUCUUGUGACGUCGUGUUCUGGGGAGACAGCCUCGCCAGUUGAACCGCCCGCUCCCAGUGACACCCAGGACGCCCCGCCCAACACCCCCGUGGAGUUGUACUUCAGUCAGCCACGCCCACCUUGCCACGACUUCCUCACAUCCGGGCUCGACGGGGACAGGAAGUGCCCACAGACUGAUGACGUCACCGGCCGCCAUCACCACGUAGACAAGUCGGUUCGAGAGUUUGAGGAGACAGACGUGAAGGCGUUGUGGAAGGUUCUCCGCGGAGAGAAAGGGGCGUCACUCGUGGUCAGGGGAGGAAAGUCGAAGGAAGGAAAGAAGGAGAAAGGUGGCAAAAGAGGAGGCAAUAAAGAUCUGGAACAAAUCAACGGGAUGGAAAGAAUGCUGUCCUGUAUUAAGUACGUAUCUUCGGUUUCUGUAGACAGAACGGACCCCAUUUACCGGCAUUUAGAUGCUUCAGCUACUCAUCAUCAUUAUUGCUUUACGUUUUUGUUAUCCAAAGAAAAAUUCCAGGCCUGACGUUUUUCUUAUCCGUAGAAGAACUUCAUUUUCAAACACUCAAAAAAAAAGUCCCAAAUCAUUCUUCUUCUUCUUCUUUUCGUUUUAAUUACUAUUAUCAAAAUAUCUGACCACUUUAGCGCUAAGAAUUAUUUGGUCGGUUUUUACCUACAUUAAAAUUGUACAAAAUGUUUUCAAUACCCAAUGUUGUAUACUUUUGCUUCCGUACCAAGAUAAAUGUCCAUGGCAUGGAUGAUGAUGGUUACGAUGUCGA